AUGGUACGCAUGUGUGACGGUUAUAUUUCUUUCCUUGCAAGCGAGGAGCAGGCUCUGCGUAUCCUGGCGGGAGAAUGUCAGGGCAACGCGCUUGUGAACUCCGGGAAGCUCGGCUCCAACUUUGACAGGGAGGCAAACAAUCUCGACACCAUGGCGCAACUGAGCAUUCUCUGCAUGCUCGCGAUGCAGUUGAUAUUCUGGCUUGUGCCGAAUCUUGUCGUCGACAUCGUCGCCGUUUCAAUCUUUGGUUUCUUCUUUGGCCCGCUCUUCGCCGCAGGUAUUUCUGUCGCCUCAAGGUUGUAG